CGUGGUCCCAUUUGUUUGUGUUGUGCGAGAUCGAGUUGAGCGAAAGGACGAUGGAGAAGGCCACGGCCCAGGUGGACAUUUUGCGUCGGGACAUCAACCUCAGCGAUGACCAGGAGACGCUGACGCCGGAACGCGUGCCUGCAGGCACCUCCCACUGCACUGCAGACCCAGCUUUGCAGGAUGCGGCCAUCUUUUCUUCUGUGGACCCAAACAUGGCACACCAAGCCAAGCUGGCAUCCAGCCUGGCAUCCUAUGUCAAGAAGGCAGAGCAGUACCUGUACGUCCUGUACGCUGCUCGCUCCCUCUCCAAAGCAAUCCCUCAGCUGCAAAGCAACAACCAGCCCAACAAGGAGAAGCUGUACGAGGAGAGCAUCAGGAUCCUGCAGCCAGAAGUGGACCGCAUGAAGUACUUUCUCAUCUUUCAGGAGGAAGCAAUCCAGCUCGUGAGCGAAGUCAUCGCCUUCCUUGCAGAGACAUAUGUCAAAGGCAAGCGUGAAACGGCGCUCAUCCCUGACGGCGUCACGUCAAACCUCAUUAGCUUGUUCGGCAUGCUCUUCACCGUGGACAACCUCAAGAAUGUCAAGAGCGCAUGGAGCAACGACCUUUCGGCUUACAAGCGCGCGUGCUCGAACCUGCGUCGCAUGGACGGCAUCAACAUCCAGGAGCAGCAGAAGCUCAUCUUCUUCCUUGGUGCGUCCCGUAGCCAACAAACGCCGCUGGAGGCCGGAAACAGCACGGCAUACGACCUCGCCCUCAAGGCCCUGCGCACCGUGGCUAACUGGACACUGGCCAUCUUGGAGCAGGCUGCUUGGAAGUAUGCACAUCCCACAGAUGAAUACAUCAACCGCGAGUGUCCUGCAGGCUGCACCCCUUACGAGAAGGCUGUUCGCUACAACUACUCGCGCACGGAGCGCCUGGCCAUGAUUGAGGUGCUGGCCAUGAUCAAGGACGUGCAGGGGCAGCUCGACUCCAUGGCUUCGCUUCUCGUCCCAGAGAUCAACACGUUCAUCCACCACCAGGUGCAGGCUGUUGUUCAUGGCGUCUUCCAGCCUCUUCUGCAGCACGCGAACAAGAAGAAACGCAGAGAAGCAUCCAGGGUUCUCCCUGGUCUGGUCAACAUGGUCUCUGACCUCGAAGUUUCGCUCUCCGCUGCUGCUGCUGCCGCCCACCACCAGGUGCAUGUACCCGCGACGAAGCGCGAUGCAAAGAAAAUGACGCGCCAAGCCAUCAUCCCAGAUGCGGCCAUUGCGCUUCCCGUGCGCAAGUGCGGACCAACGUCAACCCAGCUCUUUUACCUGCAAGCCGCCCUCACCCAGAUCUUGCAUUUUGAGAGUGGGGGGCUCCUGAAGGCCAAAGACCUGUCGCCACAGCAGACGGACGCCCUCAAGUCACUGAUGGCGCAGAUGCUCGACUUUCACGACAUGCUCAACUUCCACCGCACGCUGGAGCAGUGCACGGACCUGUCGUCCCUCUGGUACAAGGAAUUCCACCUUGAGCUUGCCAAGGAAAUUCAGUUUCCUGUGGAGUUUUCUCUUCCGUGGAUCCUGACAACGACCGGCAUGACCGAGCGCGGACUGCACGAGCACACGCUCAUUCCACUUGAGCUGUACAACGCAGCAGCGCAGCACGCCCUCUUCAAGCUCAAGUCGCAGACGCUUUACAACGAGAUUGAGGCGGAAGUCAACCUGUGCUUCGAUCAACUCAUGUUCCACAUUGGCGAGCAGGUGUUUGUCAACUUCAAGGCCAAGGCCACGAGCAUCAUGCUCGCUCGCGAGGCCAAAGAGUCCUCGGUGUUGCAGAGCCACGCGUCGUCGCUGGAUGCAUACGAGACGAGCUUCCACGGUCUCCUCAACCAGCGCCACGUGCGGCUGCUCGGCCGCUCCAUCGACGUCAACAACCUCAUCGAGCAGGGACUGGAUGCGCUGAUGAAGCGAUCGAUUGGAAUGGCAAUCCAGGUGUUUGAGGCCGAGGACAUCCGCUCCAUCGUCGCAUUUGAGCGCGCCCUUGAAAUCGAGCGCCUCGCACACAAGUUCAUGUCGGAGCACUUUUCGCUGACGCCCUUUGAAGACAUGCUGGAAGAACAAAACGGGUCUGUGAACCCGGCAUCGAACCACGGUCGCAUUGAGCACAAGAUCAUCUUUGAGCUCCUGUCUGAUCUCACUGCAAACUUUGCAUUCGACUCAGCAACGAAUGAGUUCUUCCGACCAGCCCUCGUGUUUGCUGAUCAGCAAGAACGUGACCCAGCAACAAAGAUUUCGAACGUGCACAUGUUCGGCAGCAAGGCGCUCGCCCACGCCAUGCAGACGCUGCUUGACACGACCAAGCGCACCUUUAGAGUGGAGCAUGCCGCUGCCGUCGUUCGCCUUGUGAAACCGCACAACAUGGGCGCCCUCAUCAACGAGCUGAGUCAGACAGUCGGACUUGCGCUCCACACCGUCGUGCGCCCGUUUGUUGCCGAACUCGUCAAGGCGCUCUUUGGCGAAGGCCUCCACUGGGGUGGGCUGAUGCUGGUGUAUCUUCUUGGACAGCGCCAGGCCUUUGACGCCUUCCACUAUCUUCAGUCGUGGCUGAACAUUGUGGAAACAGGCGUCGUGGCCACGACAACAUCUGGCAACGCUGCCAGUGUGGGCCCAAUUGACUUGGACGAGUUUGCGAGUCUUGCGAAGAAGCAGUGCCGCCUCAACACCAAGAUCAUCGAUUUGUUCCGCGCGCACUACCCGCUCCCCGACGACCGCUCCAACGGUCGUGCAGGAUUUUGCCGCCCGCCGCGUGACCGCAGGGACCAAGGUUCUUACGUGCCGUGCCCACGCGAACUGUCACAGCCAAACGCCGACACUGAGACAUCCGUCUGAUCGCGUUUCAAGUUGAACAGGCGUGCUCGCUCUGCAUUCCGUCCAUGCCGUUCACCCAUUUGUUGUUGUGUUGUUCAUCUCCUUGCCGUGGUCGGCUGUCAUUGUUGUUGAUGUUGUGGCACUUUCUGUACUGUGCACCCCACUCAUCCCCUCGUUUCGUGUAUGUUCUUGCCCUCCCCCCACCUCGUACAAGAGAGCACUCCCUUCUUUCCCAGUGCUGUGGAAGUUUUACGUUGCGCCGCUGUUCGUGCGGUCUUUCAGUAGAGCCAAGUCAACCCUUCGCACGCGCGUCUGGGGCGAACCGAGCGCAGGAAUGCAAUGCCACGAGAAAGGGAAGGGCAGG